GCGGGCAUCAUGAGGAUUCUAACGGCGUCCGGGCUCUUUCUGGCCUUGUGCUCCAUCGGACUCUUGAUCAUGGCCAUCAGCACGGACUACUGGUACGAGACGGACGCGCGGAAGCACCGGGAUCGAUGCAAAAAAUACGCCAGUAAGAGAAACAACCCGGGAUACAUUUACAUCUCAAACCAAAACCUCCCGCUCCGGAUGCGCCCCGAGCCCGGAGCUGCUCUGCAGGAAUCCCUGCACCCAGAGCCUGUCCUGGAGUCGCGUUGCAGCCGCCACUACAACUCAACCACCACCGGCCUGUGGAGGAAAUGCCAUCGAGAAGGUUUCGACCUGGAAAACGAGGAUCUGAUUUUUAAAGGUUUGCUUCAGCGCUGUACGGCGGUGAAGUAUUACUACUCCUCAGCCGACAUCCCUCGAAAUCUGCCUGUGAACAUCACCAAGACUAUACGACAAGAUGAGUGGCACGCUCUCCAUCUGCAGCGGAUGACGGCAGGUUUUAUAGGCAUGGCUGUUGCCAUCAUCUUGUUUGGCUGUAUCAUUGGCGUGCUGGGCUGCUGGAAACACAAUGAGCUAAUGCAGUAUGUAGCAGGUCUUCUCUUCCUGAUGGGAGGUACCUGCUGCAUCAUUUCUCUGUGCACGUGUGUGGCAGGGAUUAAUUUCGAGCUCUCGCGGUAUCCGCGCUACCUGUACGGCCUGCCGGAGGACAUCAGUCACGGGUACGGCUGGUCCAUGUUCAGCGCGUGGGGCGGUCUGGGUUUGACCCUGCUGGCUGGAUUUCUGUGCACGCUUGCACCUUCUCUACACAGUCCACAGAUAACCACCACCAUACAUAAACCACGACAGGACAACGGCAUGGUGUGACACAUUUCACACAUUCCACUUAUAUUAGCGCAGAAAACAUCAAGCCACACUGAUAUAAACAAGUGUCUUUAGCUGUCAAAUAAAUGACAAACAGACACAGAUUGGGAAGAUGAUAGACCAAGAUUUACAAUGACUGAUUUACAGUGAAAAUCAGCAGUUCAGGCUUGUUUCUCAGUAAAUAAAACCGAAACAUCCAUAAAGCAUUCAUGUUCAAAAAGUAAAACUGUAUAAUUUGUGUAUACUUGUGUUUUGUCAUCAGAGAAUAUUUAAAUGCCAUAUCCAUAAAACAAGAAAAAUAAACAAUGCACAAUAUAUUCUCUUCUGUAUCUUACAAUUUUACAAAUAUCAUUUUGAUUCUUUUUGUUUUGAGUGAUGUUUAGAUUUUUUAUGAGAAAACAAGACAGAAUACUGAUUAGGACUUUUCUGGUACACAGCUGAUAUUUUUCUUGAAGAUUUCUGCCUCUUAUGGUGCUCUCUUUCUGUUUAUCUUUUGUUAUUAUGUUUGUAUAUUUUUCACGAUGUCUGUCUACAUUUGUCUGACUGUUUCCAGUGUUUCCUGUCUGUCUUUCUCUCAUCCGUUUCUGUAGCUCAACAGAUCCAAAGUGGAAAUGUCUCCGAGAAAAGUAGAUUCAUAUUUUCAUUCCGUAAACUGUGUUUUGCCUGCUGUAGAAAAGAGAAAAAACAACAACAAAAUACUGUACUUGUCUUUAGUGUCUUCCUGUAUGUUUUUAAUAAUAAAUCGGACAUGUUCAACAGCACAGGUGGAAUUUGGAGGCAAUAUGUGAAAAUGAACUUCAUGUUCAUGCACUACCUUAUCAAGAAAUCUUGACAUACAGUGUUAUGACAUGUUCUGAAAUGGUUAUUUUUGAUUUAUGAACUUUUAUUUUCUAAUAAAAUGCAGCUAAUUCCUCUUUUGUCUGUUAUUGUGACUGACUUCAUUGUUUUGAAGUUAUGAAGCACAGCGGUUUAAUGUGAAGUCAUAAUGCCGUGUGUUUGUGAGUGUGGUAUUUUUAUUGGGCAAAUUUUC